AUGUCCACUUCAUCAGAUAAUCGAAGUAAAGUUGCCGCGGAGGACAACAGCGAUAUAUCUACUAAUAGCAGUGAUGAAUUCGUCGUUCAUAACUUAGCUGAUGUUACUUCCAUAAAUUCAGACCCAGAAAAGAAUUUGGGGCUAUCGCGGACGGAGACAAAGAAAGAUUUGGAAUUGCUUGGUGUUUCUAGCGAGAGACCACCUCCAUCAAUUACAGCACCACCAGUUGAAGAUCCUAUUUUCCCAGAAGAGUAUGGUUUAGAAACAACUACUGGGCUAGUUAGAGUCAAAACUUUGGAAAGUUUAGGAAGAACAAAAUCGCACAAGAGUGAAAUCAAGGAUGACACUGAGUUCGUCACUUUUACCAUUGGCGACCCUGAAAACCCUCACAAUUGGCCAAUGGCCAUUAAAUGGCUCUACACUUUUUUGCUUUCCAUGUUGGUUAUCAGCGCUGCUUAUGGAUCUUCUUGUUUGUCAGGUGGUCUAUUCACAAUCAAUGAUAAAUACGGUGUAUCGACAGAAGUUUCCACAUUGACAGUUUCAUUGAUGGUGUUGGGUUUCUGUGUUGGCCCUUUACUUUGGGCCCCAUUAUCAGAACAAAUUGGAAGAAGACCGGUUUAUUUUAUCAGUUUUGGUCUCUACACAGUGCUCAAUAUCCCAUGCGCAUUGUCUCCAAAUAUUGGUGGUUUAUUGGCUGCUCGUUUUUUUUGUGGUGUUUGUGCAGCUAGUGCAUUGACUAACGUUGGUGCCAGUUUGGUCGACAUGCACAAUGAGACUCGUGGUGUGGCAAUUGCAUUUUUCAGUUUUUGUCCAUAUAGUGGUCCAGUCUUUGGAGGUCUUGUUAACGGUUUCAUCAGUAUAGGUACAAACAGAUUUGAUAUCAUGGUUUGGGUUAACAUGGCCUUUGCUGGUGUUAUGUGGAUUAUUGUUUCGCUAAUUCCGGAGACAUAUCCUCCAGUCAUUUUGAAACAAAGAGCCAAGAGGUUGAGAAAGGAAACCGGAAACAUGAACAUAAUGACAGAACAAGAAGCUACACCCUUGUCAUUUAUGGAGAUGGUUAACACCAACUUGCUUCUUCCAUUGAAAUUUACCGUCACUGAGCCCAUCUUGGACCUCGUCUGUGGUUUCGUUGCUUUGAUUUACGCAUUGUUAUACGCAUUCUUCUUUGCAUACCCAUACAUAUUCAACAAAUUAUACGGAUUCAAAGAUAACAAGAUUGGCCUUAUGUUUGUUCCUAUCUUGAUUGGAGCUGGAUUUGCAUUGACAACAACACCAUAUAUCGAGAAGAAAUACAAGGAAAUGAGCAAAAGGAGGAAACCAGAACCAGAGGAUAGACUAAUUGGGGCAAUGAUUGGAGCUCCUUUCCCCUGCAUUGCUUUAUUCAUCUUGGGGGCUACCUCAUACAAACAUAUCAUCUGGGUUGGUCCUGCUUCAUCCGGUAUUGCAUUUGGUUACGGAAUGGUGUUAAUUUACUACUCAUUGAAUAACUACAUUAUUGAUACGUAUGCAAAAUAUGCAGCUUCCGCAUUAGCAACAAAAGUGUUCCUUAGAUCUGCUGGUGGUGCUGCUUUCCCGUUGUUUAUCACCUACAUGUAUGAGGGAUUGGGUUUACAAUGGGCCAGUUGGUUAUUGGCAUUUGUCUGUUUGGCCAUGAUUUUAGUUCCAUUCGGCUUUUACAAAUAUGGAGGUGCCUUGAGGAAAAAGUGGUGUAAAGAAGACUACACUAUGCAUUUAGAUUAG